UUGAAGCUGCAAACGUCCGCUGUCUGCCCCAUGUUGCAGUGUGAAAUCGAGUGAAAAUGUCUACCCCAGAUCGGAACGCUGGCAGGGAUUAGGCAGGCGCCGCCAGCGACAAAAGGAUUUGGAUUAGGAUUCGGAAGGAGCAGGCUGCCCCGAGGAGCUCCGCCCUAUUUUGAGCUGCUCUGCAGGUUGACACACAAAGCCAGAGAGAGGACGCGCAGAUAAAGGAGUAGGAGGAGCACGAGACCAUGCCUGAAACAGUGCAGGAAUGCGGACAGUGUCGCCAGUGAACUGCAGUGAACCACAAUCGCCAGCUAAUCCUACAGAGCUCUGCCAACAACAACAACAAAAACAAUAACAAAAUCAGCAUUAAUAACAACAUCUACAUACGAUCCUCGAAAUGAGGGUGAGCGCGGGCGCGGACGUGGGCUACGAUGGCCACGACUAUGGCUCCGACGACACCAUGGGCAUCACGCACCUGGACUGGCCAUUUCUCAUAAAGGGCAUACUGGAGGGCCAGGCGUGCACACCGACUGCACCGGAACCGCUUUCCGCCAUCCUGUGGGCCAUAUUUGCGGUAUUCGGCAUUGUUUAUGCCCUGCUAGGCUACCGCUGCCUGCGCGCUGUCGGCUUCCUCAGCGGCUUAAUGGUUGGCGCCAAUGGCAUCUUCAUUCUACAGGACUUUCAGAUCACUUUCUUGGGCAAGCCGGCGGACUCGGCGCUGGCCAUAGUGGCGGGUCUUCUGGGCGCUGUUCUUGGAUCCACAUACCCGGUGGCCUCCGUCCUGAUUAGCGCCUUUGCCGGAGCCUUGCUCUCCGGCGCCGCCAUGGCCGUGUGCGUAGCCACCAUGCCGGACAAUGAAUUUGGGUACCGCGAAAUCUAUGUGGCGGUGGUGGGUGGAGCUGUCAUCUGCUCGGUGUUAACCCUCUGUUGCGUCAAAUAUGUGACCAUACUUACCUCCAGCAUCGUUGGCACCGCCAUGAUCCUGGGCGCCAUUGACUUUUUUAUGCACGGCCUGGAGACCAUCAGUUGGAUACUCAGCAUGCGACCGCAUCCAUCGCCGCCUCCUUGCUACGGCGGCCUUUUGAUCGCCGCCUGGCCCAUCACCAUUGUGCUCAGCAUUAUGGUGCAGUGCUUCAUCACUGCCUGGCGUGUGGAUCAUCGCAAGCGGGUCUACAUGCGGCACCACAACCAUCCCGGGCACGCCCAUCCCCCUCACCUGCCGAACAGCAGCCAGCAGCAGUCUGGGCCAGGACACACCCAUGCCCCUGUACGACGUUCCCAGUCGCGCAAUCGGGAGACGCGCGAGGAGGCCAGGCAGCGCAAGUUCCGCUACCUCUACCAGGUGCGAACGGCACGCGGUGACAUUAUAUCGCAGAAUUUUGUGUCCGCUUUGCAGAAGCGCAUCCAGCUCAGCGGCACCGAGACGCCCUCCGAGCGGUCCAUUAAGAGCAGCUCAAACGAGCGAAACACAUUCCGCAGCGACCGGACCCACUUCACCACCAUCCACGACCCCGACUCGGAGCUGUGCGACAAGAUCGAGAUUGUCCGUGACAUUGGAUAACAAACAAGCAAUAGCUACAUGUAACUAUACCCGUAAGGGGGCUACGGGCUGCGGUACUUGGGCGCAGAUGGGAUAACAGGUCGGGGGACACCUGGCUUGCCAGGGAACAGGGACAGGGACUCUAGAGAGUCCACUGGAGGAGACACAAGUACGGUUGCAUGUAGAAUUUGUAGUUGGGGCACAAAGUGCCAAAAUACUGGACAUGGAAACAGCUAGGCAGGUGGAUGAUUUGGACAGGAGUGGAAAGAGUAAGAGAAGGAGAAGCUUUAAAGGAUCUGGGUCUGGAAAAUUGUUGACAUAAGGCUACCCUAAUAUUGCACAUCCGUCUUUCGGUUUACGGAUGCCGGAAGAUUUUGUUCUCUCCUUCACUUACAUACAUAUAUUCGAAUGUUACUACAGACGACACACUUACCGUUAGGAAUAUAUAGGAACACAAUGGAGGGACGAGUGAUGACGGAUACCUUGUAUUCCUGCAACUACUUAAUACUAGUUACGCUUCUCCCCACUUCAAAUAUCGCUGGGCACAGACGCCGCCAUUACUAAUCAGUUCAUAUCUGUGUUAUAAUUAUACGAUACAAGGCCGGAAACGGAAGCGGGGCUACAAACAUAACAUACAAACUAACGAACUUCGUUUCAUUUCCACUAUCAAAUAGGCCUAAGGAUUACGUUUAAAACUCUAUACACACCCCCCAGAGAAUACAAUACUACAAUACCUACUAAGUACAAUAAAAGAAGGAGUGGAGAGGGGAGAUAUGUACUACCGAGAUCCGUAGAUGCAUUUGAAUUUUAAACUUGUACAGUUGGAGCUACACACACACAGCCAUACAUACAAGGCCACUUUAGAGUUAGAACUUAGAGUUAGCCAAAAGUUAAGCCACUAACUGUAAUUGAUACACUAUAUAGAACACUCGACAUGUCGAUAUAUGUAACUCGCAAUCGCUGUAGGGUAAUCACGAGUCAUGCCGCACACACAGCCAAGGCUGGAUUCCAGGGGAUCCGCUCUCAGCAUUAUAUCCGUACGAUAAUUAUGUAUUUUAAGCUCCGAGAUCCAUGCAAACUGCGGUACAAACUCAAAUGAAUUCCAAUCCGAUUCGCGCGGCAUUACCAUUUAGUGAUAUAUGUAGGAUAUAAGGCUAAAGCUAAAGGGCCACAGGGAUGGGAUUGGACAUUGCCAGGCAGGCACUUCCCUAACGUAUCGAUUGGUUUCCGUUUCCGUUUCCCAUUACUAACUUUUGAAAUCGAGUUUCCUGUUUCCUAUUAGGUUUGAGCCCUUAGUUUUUAUAGGAAUUGCUGCCGUCCGCAAUUGUUGAUUUAUACUACAAUUCUACUCGGAUUCAGACUUGGUUGUUACUUCCGUUUUAAUGUUCAACAGCAGUGUCUGAUCGAUCGGAGGAUAAUGGCUUUGGCUAGGCAUUUACCAGGACCCUUGUCAGACAAGGGUUCAUUCCGUUUAAUUCAAUAUUUACCACCUAAGGAUAAUAACAACAAACUAAGCAAAAACUAACGUAGUGGAAAAUCUUAAAGUCGCAUAUAUACGAAUAUGUAUACACUGAAAACCAAAUUAAUAACUAAUUCGGGAUCGAAGAGGGCUAAUGCUAAGGCCAAUAUCGCGUACUAUCCGGCGCUAUUCCUUGCAGACAAAAGAGAAGUCUCCUGAAAGCCUGGAAAGGGACACUGCGAUGAGGCACACACAUAAAAAAAAAAAUAACUUGUAAUAACCAAAGAAAAUACAUAUUAAAUAA